AUGCCUAAUUAUGUGAAGUUCAUGAAAGAUGUUCUUACAAGGAAGAGAAGGUUAGGUGAGUUUGAAAUCGUGGCUCUAACCAAGGAGUGUAGUGCCUUUUUGCAAGACAAGUUUCCUCCAAAGUUGAAGGAUCCUAGAAGUUUCACUAUUUCAUGUACCAUUGGAAACACUUAUUGUGGUAUGGCUUUAUGUGAUUUAGGCGCAAGCAUUAAUUUGAUGUCAAUGUCUAGUUUCAAGCAAUUGGGGACUGGAGAAGUCAGGCCUACUGCAAUUACUCUUCAACUUGCAGAUAGAUUUCUUACUCAUCCAGAUGGGAAGAUUGAAGAUGUGUUGGUGAGGGUAGACAAAUUCAUAUUACCUACUGAUUUUAUUGUGCUAGAUUAUGAGGUGGAUAAAGAGGUACCUAUUAUCUUGGGGAGGCUAUUUCUUGCAACAGGAAGAACUUUAAUAGAUGUGCAGAAGGGUGAGCUUUCUAUGAAGGCCCAAGAUGAAAAUGUGACUUUUAAUGUCCUUAAAGCUAUGAAGUUUCUUGAUGAGGUUGAGGAGUGCUCUGUUGUUUUAGUGGUAGAUACUUUGGCAUCAAAGGAGUUUGAGACGAGGAGGGUUGGUGAUCCAUUAGAAAGGUUAUUGUUGUUUGAUUCUCAAAAUGACGAAGAUGAGGAGGAGUAUCUAGCUUGGUUGGAGGCAAAUUCUCAAGGGCUAAGAACAAUAGCCUGA